AGAGCACCACUCGAAUCAGACUGCUCUUAAAAUGAUAUGGCCUGGGUACCAACUAAAAGGAAAACAUCUUCCUACUCCAGACCAGAAUGCUACUAUUCGAAAGGUAUCCUGAACGCAGAUCAGCAGCACAUGGAAUAGAAAACCAAAUUUGGGCGAAGGGAGGUGAUUGGGAUGGGAUCAUUGAUGGAUGGCAAUUUUAAGAAACUGUAAUUCUUGUCUUGGCUUCUCUAUGUUGAUCCCUAAGACUUUGGUCUCGACUAUAUGGAAGUAAAGAAAACUCACGACUUCUACUGUUGUUCCCUAGUCUUCUUUAAUAUGGAUUUCAUGGACGAUUCUUCUUAAAAGGUAGAUUGGACGUGAUUUGACCUGUUUACUAGCCUGAAUAUAUGUCGUGUGUUUCAUCUGUUUUUCCCCCAUUGUCUCUGCGAGGAUCUUUGAAUAUGCCUCAAAUUCCUAAUUUGACUAGGGAAGCUAGUUUUGAAAUUUUCAAAUUUUAAUUAUUCUUGUUGAGUAUGAGGUUCCUAAUUUUAAUUUGUGUUUGAGGGACUAGAGAUUCUUAGAUCAGGGGAAUUUUAGGUUUUAUGGCUCUAUAAAUAUGAAUAUUGAGGGUAUGCGAUAGAGGUCAAACAUUUGAAGGGCACAGAUUUGAGGGUUUGUCUGGGUUGGGCAGAGAACCGAGGCUGAGGAUUUUUGUUUUGGUACUCGUUGUAGCCUAGAUCUUUGUUGAUGUUAGUCAAUUUUCAUUUUCACCUAUGGACAUGGGCCAAGCGGAAGUUCCAAACGACGCUAAAUAUUGUGUGAUUGCUGGCGGCAGCAUAUGCCUCUAACUAAAUAGAAUUCUGGGAGAUGGAUUCUAAGAUGGUCAUACACAAUGGUGGAUGUCAUUGCAGAAGAGUGAAAUGGCAAGUGCAAGCACCAACUCAUGUUAUAGCUUGGAACUGCAGCUGCGGUGACUGCUCCAUGAGGGGCAACACUCACUUCAUAGUCCCUUCUAAAAGUUUUGAGCUUCUGGGAAACUCUGAAGAGUUUCUUACAACCUACACCUUUGGUACUCACACUGCAAAGCACUUGUUCUGUAAAGUAUGUGGCAUAACCUCCUUUUAUAUUCCAAGAUCAAACCCAGAUGGGAUUGCUGUUACAUUCAGAUGCGUGGACCCUGGGACACUUACCCAUGUUGAGAUUAAGCAUUUUGAUGGGAAGAAUUGGGAAAGCUCAUACAGUCAGACGGGCAUUGCUUCGUGUUCAAAGGUUGAGACUACAGGGAUAAAUUGAUCUGUCCAUCAGAAGCAUAUAAGUUGGUUGAAGACCAAAACAGUAUCACAGAUUUUGUUCGCAUUAUAAGCAUAUAAGUAGGUUUAAGCAUACGAUAUUGGUUGGAAGUCCAUUAGAAGUGUACGUGUUCAAAUAUUGCAGGCGACAACAAUGGAAGUCUGGAAUGAAUAUUGGGUGUCACUUUUGGCCGACUGUCUUUUAUUUCUGCACUGUAAUUGUAUUAUGCAUGUGUGUUUUCACCUAAGAAAACAGCCUCUUUUUAGUGGGGCUUUGUGUUAUUUCAUUUCUGAACAUUUGGUUUGAAUCAUUAAAUUUAGUACGGUUGGAUCAAA